AGCAGUUCACAACUGCAUAUGUGACGAGUUGUGUGACUUUAGAGUAGUGAUCCCUAGAGGAGCCGAGAGGUCAUAUUUGUGAUUCUUGAGAUCAGUAUGGACCAGAUACAGUUUUGAACAUGAUUCGUGACGACUUCAGUGACUUGUCAGACAUACAGCAGUGGAACUUAAAAUCCACUGAUGUUGGCUUGGGCACAGUCAGAAGCUUGGAGAAUGUGCGGCUUGGUCAACUGUCGAGUCAUUGGUACAGAUCACGUCUUAAAACUUGCCUUGCUGCCACUCACAAACUGACGGAUAUUUUACUACAGCAAAAGGAACAGAUAUCCACCAACCCAUAUGUGACGCACGCUGAUUUGGAAUGUGUGGAUUCCCGGUAUUUGCUGUGUGGCUUCAAUGAUGGAGGUGUAGCCAUAUAUGACACUUUUGACAGAAAGAAAGAAUAUGAAUUUAGCGAAGUUAGCAUUGUUAAGGGCGGACAGAGAGGAAGCCACAAAUAUCAGGUUGAUUGUGUUCAGUGGUUCCCUGCAGAUGCGGGCCUGUUUGUUACCUCAAGUCACGAUAAGAAAGUCAAGAUCUGGAACCCUAAUUACAUGAAGCCGGUUGACCAGUUCAGUAUUGACUGUGACGUUCUUCACCACCACAUGUCGCCAGUCGCCACCAAACAUUCCCUGUUGUCUGUGUCGGCAGAAAAUGGUGAAGUGAUACUGUAUGACAUGCGCAAUGGAUCGUCAAGCCACCGCCUUCAGGGGCACGAUGGUCCGGUUCAGAUCACACAGUGGUCUCCACGCAAUCAACAUAUUUUGAUGUCAGGAGGCAGAGACCACACAGUGAGGAUGUGGGACGUACGAGCUAGUCGCGCAUAUCUCAUGGCCCUUGAUAUGGAGAUAGUUCCUGAAACUUCCAAGUUUAAGAAGAAAAGUAGAAACGUUCCUAAAGCCCACAAUGGUCGAGUAACUUCUCUUUGCUUCACACACGAUGGAGCAUGGCUGUUGUCAUUUGGUUACGAUGGCGUUUUAAGACUGUGGGACUCUGCUACUGGGAAAAAUAUGAAUGUCAAAUAUGAAGGUGCACAUACAGACCUGGAGAGAACUAUACGCAUGGCAGUCUCUCAUUGUACAUAUCCUGAUCUUAUUUUUGUUCCCUGUAAAUCAAAAAUUCUUGUGUUUGAAGUUUUAUCUGGAAGACUGGUAAAUGUUCUGUUAGGCCACUAUCUUUCAGUUUUAGGUGUGGUUCAUAAUCCUGUUUCUAUGGACUUGUAUAGCAUUGGCAGUGACUAUAAUUUUGUAAUAUGGGUUCCAAAGAAGCUAUUGAGAAGGAAUGUUUCUAAAGAAGAGGAGGAAGACACAGUCACCAUAAACAAUGCCCCAGUUGGAACUCGUGCCACACAACGUCGGACACUUCAAGCAACUCAAGACACUUGGAGCAGUGAUGACGAUUAGAUCCACAUCAUGUUCACCUAUUUAUAUAGCUUGAAGUGAUAGAAACCUUAUGGUAUAUUCCGGGCUGAUGGUCAACUGCACAUCCGAACCCGGCCGAGGUAAUGCCUGCGAGGAUCCAUCUACCAUUUCUGUUGACAACUAACGGGCCACCAGAGUCACCCUGGGGUAAAAAAAAAAGAAAAAGAACACAGUUAAGUUAAUGAAGUUACCUUGGAUUAGUAUCAAUAACAUUUUUAUAUUACGACUACAUUUUUGUCGCUUGCUUUCGGCUUGGUGUAAAAUUUCUAAAGUUUUCUUCCGUGAAUCUUUGAGACAUUUAGUGAGGAACACUUUGCAAUAAAAACUAUAUAUUAAAGUUAUUUAUAUAAUUCUAGAAAUUAAAGCAAUGGUUAAAACUGGUUAAAAAUGUAAUCAAUUGCAAAAUUUUCAAGUAUAGUAUAAGGUUAAAGAUGAAGUGUUGUGUUACGGGUUAUUGGUUGUAGCUCUCUUUGUAGUGGGGAGGAAUGCAGUACAAACAGCUUUGGCCUUUUCUUUGUUGUAUUGUGAAAAUAUAAAAUAUCCUCUACUGGGCCACAUACUAGCUACCGAGUGAGUGGGUGUACAGCACCGCUGCUCAAGAUGGUCUGGCCGUUGGGGUCUAGUCGCACUUGGACAAGAUGCACAUCUGUGAGCACGUUGACGCUGAGGUUGACAACUGCUGCCGAGUUGAGUGCUGGCAAUAUGCAGUCGACGAAUGAGGGUCACCACAUGUAAUUACCUAAGUGACAACCAUGUGCGACCACAUGCAUCCAACACCGCUCGGCACGCUAGCAUCGGAGUCCUUGAUGAUCUGCUUGACGAACUUCUUGGUUGUGUUCCUAACAUUCAUGCACAGUUUUAUCUAUAGUGGCCGUAAACAAGCUUCGAGACGUCCAGCCGUUGAAAGGCAGUGCUGCAGAGUGAAGCACACAUGGAGUGUGUUGCAGAGUAUGAGAGGUGACUAAUGUUAGUCACACAAACAAAACUUUGCAGUUCUUCCCAUACUUCACACAUUUUCUUAAUGAGGAAGGGACAUCCUCUACUGACUUUCUUGGUACCCAUGGCAUGAUAUAUAAUAAUGACUUUUAUGUUCAAAAACCAAAAAAGCAGAAAAACAAUGAAAUUCUUUACAAAGAAUUCAAGUGCGAUUGUCACUAGGUGAGAGACACUGGUAAACUGAAAUGCGCCACGCUCUCGGUUGACCCAUACGUUUAUCAACACAGUCACAAGUCGAGGCAAAGGUCAAGUCGGAUUUUCCGACGAAAUUGGGGUUGUAACAUGUCGACAAUGUGACAGGUUGAGCUGUAGAAUGCUAGUAGUGGGAGAGUUGGUCAGACAGUUCAUUGUACUGUCUAUUCAAAGUGCUGUUGCUCUUGACCACCAAUGGAAUGAGACUGGUUUCUGCUGUGAUUUGAGGGCCUUAUAUUCUUGUCCAACUGACCGUGUUUCUAACUCCAGGCUGCUAGUAAUUUGGUUGAUGGGAAACUGCUUGCUUCUGUUGGUUGUUGUUAGUACACGGAAUGCCUGGGAAGAUGUUCCAGUCGUGUCGUUGCUGCAGAUUAUCACUUCCUAGGCACAUGUAUUGAUAUAAUGAUAUAAUUAGUGCAUGUGAAAUAAUUGGGAGCCCAGGUGUUUGCCAGAGAUUUUCUUGAAAUGUGGAGUAGCUGCCACAUUACUAAUGUGGUUGCUACAAUACUCCACCUUCCCUCGUGAAAGAUAUUUGGUCGAAGGAACUCUGGCUGGCUGGAGAAACGUAUACCUUAACCAUGUAGUGUGUCCCUCAAAGUUAAUUUCCUCCUUGCUGGUGUCAUCUAACUGGAGUUGUUUGGGUGGGAGGUUGCACUGGAUCAUCAGGUCACGUAGGAGCACAUGAUAUCUUGCAAGGAGAAAAGUAUACAAACUCGUUGGCAGGAGUGCUUCUGGGAGGAUGUCUGAGGGGGUGGCAUCACAGUGUACUGCUUUAAGGUGAUCAUACGAGAUGUUCUCCUACUUGCCUUGGAAUGCCAAGAACCUGCGUAGCAGCAGAGCAGUGUCUACUACUUAGAAUGCCAAGAACCUGCGUAGCAGCAGAGCAGUGUCUACUACACAGGUCCCCCCCGUCCUCCCUGAAAACACAUGACAAUGUGUUGUGUAUGGAGAGAGAAGAUGACUGCAGGGGGAAAGAGACAACUGUAGAUGUAGAAUAUGGGAGAGUCGUCCCCACAUAUUCUACGCCUACAGUCAUCUCGUCUCCACCCCAUACUCUACACCUUCAGAUUAUGCAUGACUAAAGAUGUAGAGUAUGGGGGAGGGGGGUGAGAGAUGACAGAACAUGUAGAAUAUUGAAGGAGGAGACCCCUACCCCACAUAUUUACACUUUCAGUCAUCUCUUCCCCCUUUUACACUCUCCACCUGCAGAGUAUGGGGGAAGACAUGACUGUAUGUGUAGAGUACAGGAGUGGACAUAUGACUAUACCCAUAGUCUUCUCUUUCCCUACAUACUCUACAGCAUGUCAUCUCAACCCCUGCCUCUUUACUCUACACUUACAUCAUCUCUCCAUAUUUAAAAGAUAACCAGACAAGUACAGUCAGAAAAGUAUUGUACUUACAAGACACGCGUCCAUCUUGCCUUGAGAGUGUCCAGCACAAAACAUCUCAUAGUGAAGCUUGACAUCUAUACCCUUACGAUGAUGCCAACUGAGACACUCGUCGUUGGUGAUGAUUGGCACCAUCACCUUCCGCAAGAUAUUCGUGCCCGUUUUUCCUGCAGAGAUAAACAAUUGAAUAAUAUUUUGCAUUGUUGUUUGAAGUUAUAAUGCAUAAAGGUUUUUCAAGCAUUUAUUGAUUUCCUCCAUGUAAAUAAGAUACUGUAUAAUUAAUGGACAAUGGUAAACCGAGACAAACUCAUAUCUUCAGCAAAAUAAAAUUGUAAAUUGUUAACAAAAUAGUUUAUCAGAAGACUGACAAAACACCUAAAUGAUAAACACAGGAUGUUGUGUUGAUCAUCAGCCACACUGUAAUUGGUACGACUAUUAAUGACAAUGAAGCUUGGUUAAGGAAAUCAAUUAUUACUGCAUAGGAUGGUUGAGGGGUAGUGACUCGUACAUGUUCAUCACCAAUAGAGUACAACAUCCUGAACCACAAUACGUAGCACAUCUUCCCGAGUAUCCUCAGUGUCCCGUGCAACAUGGCAAGUCCUCAGCUUCUUGUUUUAGAUUCAGCAACUCGGGAGUAAAAGUUCCAAGCAGCACGGGCUAUGGUGAGCUUGUCGUACUUACCUAGUACAGAUGUGCAUUUUCUCCUCAUGCUGUGUUUUAGAUUCAGCUGCUUGGAACAAAAGUUCCAAGCAGCACGGGCUAUGGCGAGCCCGUAGUGGACUUACGUCCUCAGCAUCUCGUGCAUCAUGAUACACACGAGGCUCCAAUUUGCAGGUAGCUCAGGAAUAAUUUAUAUUACCAUACUGCUGACAUAUUAACUACUGUUGCUAAAUUUAUUGACUCUGUAAAACUAUAGACCAUUUAUGAUUUAUGAUUUUGUAAUUAAUUUUUCUAUUUAAGAUUUAGUCUCAUAACAUUUAUUACCUAGAUUUUAGCAAAUACUUUAAUCGUAUUUUUACGUAUCAUAUUUUUAUUGUUAUUUUUUAUUCGUAUUUAAUUGUAUUUUUUAUGUUACAAAAAACAACAUCGGGUUUAUAUAUUAUAAAAAUAUAUAAACACACAAUACGAAGAGAAGUUACAAAAGAAUGUUUUACGUGGAGUUUAUAAACUACAGUAUAUAAACUCAACCUACUAACCGCUACAAUCUGAUUAAUGUUUUGUAUGAAUAAAUUAUUGUUAUAUAAA